AAACAGGUUCGCAACUUGACUUUACCUUCGAGUUUGUCCCGAUCUGUAAUGAUGCGAGACCCGCGUUGCAUUUGCUCUUGGGAAGAUGCUUGCGAUAUAUAGCGCUUUUCAACAUGUUCACUUCAUUCGCAUUCUCACUCCAGCGACACCAGCAUAAAUUUUAUCUUUUUUCAUCCGUUUUGUUGACUCAGCUGCUUGACUGAGCCUACACACUGUACUAAAUGUUUCGCUGCAUUGAUAUCAAUCUACUCCUACACCAACCUAGGAAAAUGCGCAGCAGUAGAGCCGAGUUUUUCAUUCUUGUCGACUUUGACUAGUAGUGGAACUGGAACAUCAACUCUUGCAAGAACGCAACGAUGAGACCGGCGCUGGGUGCUGCACGGAUGAGAGAGAAUCAUCCCACAUGCACGAUGCCUGGCACUACAGCGAAAUCAUGCUUUCCUCUUCCAAAGAUUGAAGAUCUCCCGUACCUCCGCGCCUCGUCCCGCGAAUGGACAGUCACUCCGUUGCGGAAGAUGGGUGGUAUCGAAAAUGGGGUCAUGACAGCGAUGAAUAUCCUGGAGAUCAGCAGACGGGCCGCUCUGAUCAAGUCGACUACUACAACAACUCGAUGUCUUCAAGAUCGUCCACAAUACAGCAGCGAGCCCGUUUCCUUUUCCUUCUUCGUUGUGGAACUUUUUAACCCGCUAAAUGGGGAGCGCGAGCUGCGGUUAGUGGCUUCGCAUUCGGCGCACCAGAGCGAACGCGCACAAGCUCUGAAAAAAGCAGAGUGCCUGGUCGCCGAUAUGAGGCGGGACAUGGUAGAAAACGAGGGUAGGAGGUUUGCGAUUCCAACAGGAGCGGAGGGCGGCUGGAUGGUCGACAAUCAGAAGAAAUGCAAGUCCCAGGCGGCCUUGAACCUCAUGCAGGAGUAUUUUGCGGAAGCUUUAGCCAAUGCGCGUGGCGUAGAACAAGAUGGGAGAAGCGCAGUUGUGCCGAUCCGAGAACAGACGAACGUAGAGCAGGAGGGGACGACAGCAAAAAACGACAUGCCGCAGGGUUGUUAUGGGCACUACGUGCUCGAGGACUUAAGGGGUUUGUGUGUAUGGUAGCAAAAUCCUGGGUGGUGUGGGUUUCACGCUCGCGUCUAAUCCGAAAAACUGCCCAAGAAUUCUUGUCAGAGGGCGGGGAGAAGUAGCAGGAAGGAAGGGGCUUGCAAGUUUUGCAUGGGUCGGUCCCCAUUGGCAUUCCAAGUCACUUUACAUGAGAUGUGAUUGAUGUGAUUCUUUUCAUUACAUGUCGAGUAUUGUUACAGUACUGCAACUACGCUUUUUAUUGUUUACCUUGACGGUUCUUUGUCUUUCCCGAAUUGAUGCAUGCCGUGACUCCAACCGGCCAGGCUUUUGCUACCAUAGUGAAAGAAAAAAGACGUAGAUUCUCGGGCGCAAACAUAUGAUGCCGAAGAAGCGACGCUGUUGAUCUACUGCCGGCGGGAGUGGGUGUUCGAGCUUUAUUUGCGAUCCAUAGGCAAAGCGCACAGACUGCGAAUUCAUGCACGACUUUGACCGAAGAAGCUUUUCUUUGCCAUAACGACAUAUAUUUUUGAACCACCAUAGCCACCAUAUUCACACUUGUCACUUUAUCCGAGCAUCAGUAAAUAAUGACUCACAACUUUUACGUCAAAAGUUAGGGAGGAACUUCUGUCGCGAACCGAGAUCUUCAACACUGACAGACUUCCUUCGUACUCACGAAUAUAAUCGCAUGACACAACCGAGUAGAUCGCUACAGUUUUAGAGAACGGACGAACGACAUCGAAAAAAUCGACUGCCAUCGACUUUCGAAUUCGAACACGGUGAUAGGACAAUAGCAAUAGGAAAAAAGGCACCAGCAGAGAGGUAGAGAGUAUGAAUAUUUGCAAGAACUCGUGUUUCGAUAUCGGCAUUGGGACAAGAAGCCAUUCAUUUGCAAUGAAAAUCGACAAGAAUCGUUGCGCUUUGGCAUUUUUCUAGAUCUACGAGCUCGAACCAACUCCCACCCCGACCCGGUAGUAAAUCUCGCGUGGUUUGUUUCUCUGCAUACAAACAGUCGGCUGAUCGUCUUUCACUCGCUACUAAUCCAACUGGAACACGCUUGGCAGCGACACCUGGAGAAAGUAAUUUCUGCACAAUCAACAGGACGAGGGCACGGCAGCAACAAUACCCUGGAGGUUGUCGGGUUAAGGACCGGACAUCCUGAGACAAGUGCGGGAAGGCAGGAAAACAACAGCACGCUCUUAGGAAGCAAAUCCCAGGGAGGUACAAGCGCCAGCGCAACGCCUGGAUUUUCGACCACGCCAGGGUCGUUUUCGACCACGCCUGGAUUUUCCACUACGCCUGGGUUUACAUCAAGUGUGUCUUCGGCCGCAUCUGUAUCGGGGUGCACUAGCUCCGUUUGCGCAGGAGGGCAACACACGCCGUUUGUUCCGGUAGAUUCGAACAACAACAGGAGACCUUCAAGCAGUGGCGCAACGCCCACACUUGUUCUAAACGCAGUUUCUACUGGCACAAUGAGCAGUUGCGCAACAACUUUGAAAAAGCCGGCGGACGUCGUCGCCGCAGCUCCUUCGCAAAAGUCACUAAAAAGCGCAGGAGGCAGUUCUGGAGGUGCCAAGCAAGGGAAUGACAGUUCAUCUUCCGCAUCGUCCUCCUCCUCCGAUAGUAACUCGUCCAGCGAUGAUUCUUCGUCUGACAAUGAGAACAAGAAAAAACAAAACGCAGCGGCGACGAAGCCAGAGACCAGCCUGGAGAAGGUCACUGCGACUAAUUCUGUGUCCGCUCCCUCCGGUAUUACUAGUAAGGAAGCCGGUCUAGUAGCAGCCGUACCUAGAGCAGAAGAUUGCGUUGAGACCAGUAGCACGAGCACGACGAAGAAGAAAAAAGGAAAGGGAAAAGCCGCUGGAAAGCGCUCCGGUGCCGCCAAAAUAGUUGCGGGCACAGGGGAAGAUGAAAGUGCGAAGGGUACUACUCAACAACCUGGCACGACUACAGCAAGCGACGUAGACAAGAAACAAGUUUCUUCUGUACCGGCAGUUGAAGCCGCUGCUCAAGAACAAGACAAGCCGAAAAGAAAAGGAAGAGGAAAAGCGAAGAAAAACAAAGGUGACGUCGACAAAAAAGAGAGUGCUGAAGUAAAAGCCGGCGCCACGACGACACAGGCUCCUGGGGCAGUCGGAGUAGUUUCUACUUCAUCUUCUUCUAGUACUAGCAACAAGCGGCCAGCAGCACCGAGUCCGGAUCAUGAGCGUAAUGUGGAUAAAAACGACCAGGAGAAUGAUGCGAGGAAGAAGGCCAACACGAACUCCGAUCUAUCCACUGUCGCAGCUGGUGCAACCUCAUCAUUGAAACAGAAUGCAGCCGCAGCACAGGCUCUGCCUUCGGAGCAGGCACAAGCGGAUGCGAAGAAGAUAUUCAACCCCAGCACUACUAGCGCGGCCGUGGGUUCUUCUUCUAAACAAAUAGACAAGAAUCCAGCCAAUCGGUCGGCUUCCGAAAAGUCGAGCAGCUCCUCUAAGUCCGGCUCAUCUUCGUCUUCAUCGAGUAGCAAAAGUAGCUCCUCCGGCUCCGACUCCGACAGCUCGACGUCCUCCCGGGACUCGCACGGCAAACCGAACGUCGACCCGGCACUGCAGGAGGACGACGACGUGUCCGAUGUGGAAUCAGAGAAGGAAGAUGACGCGGGGGAGCAGGAGGCUAAGAAAAAGCUCCUGGAAGGCUUGCGGCAGACCCACCCGGUGUUCACACGCAUACUAGACGACACGCCGGAGAAGCGAGCGUUGUUUGCGCAGCAGGAAAUGAAGCGGCAAUCCGCGGAGUUUAAGAAGGACCUGGAGCAGAAAAAGCUUUUGUACCGACGCUCUCUGGAACACCGGGCGAGGACCAACGUGCAGAAUAUACAAAAGAGCACAGCUUUGAAACACCCAAUAACUUUCGACGACUUGAGCCUUAUCUUGCAGCAGGUACUGAUGUCGUGAAGUUUGCUUUUGUUGUUUGUUGUUGUAGCUGUGUGCUGAAAGAAGUAGAGGUGUUCGUUCCUGCAGCUAGUCCUAGUACCUGUGUCGUCAUAUGCUUAAGUACAAGUAUGCAAAUGCAUGACUCAAAUGUAAAUGAGCAAAAAUACAGCGACUAUAUACUCAAUCAGGUUUUCGACAACGAGGGCAACAAGGUGGCCAAAAGUAUCCGGCAGUUUGAGGAUCCGGCCAAGAAGGUCCAGAGCCUGACGAUCGGGGUGACAAAUGGUCGCUCCAAGGGCGGCGUGCUGUGUAAGGACAACGAGCUCAUCGUGGACAUGGAGAAGGUGAGAAGGGCGGCGAAGAGUAGAAGUGGCGCUGGUGCUGGUAGUUCGAGUUACAACGGUAGUUCGACGCUGAACCGGUUUGGCGCCCCAGCGGCUCCGCAGCAGCUGAAGUUUGUGGGCGGCAAGCUGGUGAUUCCGAAGGAGCCCUCGGGUUUGAAAAGGCAAAAGCGAGGGGAGAAGCAAGCUUUGAAAAAGGCGAACAACGCGCUGCCGAACAGUGGCGAGUUUGUGAAUUUGAACGAAAACGAAGAAGUGUUGGCGAAAGUGCUCGCAUUUUUCAAGUGCGACAAGUUCGUCACGAAUGGCAGCACCUGCUUCCAAAAGAUCUCCUUCAAGAACAAGCCUCGGGAGCGAAAUCUGUGCAAAGCGAUGUGGAUGAUAGAGGAGGAAAAAAAGUACGGAAUCAAACACCCGAGGAACCGCGCGACGGUGGAAGCAGCAACGUCGGGAACGAAAGAGGAGAGUAGUGCAACCGCAUCGACGAGCGCGCAGACAGCCACGCCUGGGUUCGAUAGCAAUGUCGCCUCUUCCUCCCCUCCCGGGGGCGCGGGAAUGAAUGUCGACGCACAGCAACAAGAUGGUGCUCCAACGAACGGCGCGAGCUUAUCUUCGGCAACUGCCUACCUGGGCAAGGACUAUGAGGCCGCGCAGAAGAAUUUGCAGAGGCAGAAGAUGCGGGAGAAGAAGUGCAAUGACGUUUUCGACAAGUAUCGGCCGCUGAGCAACACGAUCACCGAACUCAACAAAUUUGUCUGUCCAACACACAUCCAAGAGGAGCUGGGCCCGCAGAAGCUGGCGGAGGAACGGUUUCUACUCGAUUACAAGACCACGGGGUGCGUCAUCCAGGAUGAGGUCUUGCUUCAGGACGUCUACCAGGCGGAGCGGCCAAACCAGCUAAGUUACACCAGCAUCGUGGUCCACAAAAACGCGAAGACCGAGAUCCACACGGAUAAAGGGAAUGUAGGGCUUAGCGAGAUCUGCUGUUGUGGGGAUUACGAGGGCGGCGGUUUUUUUGAGUACGAUCCGAGUUUGACGUUGGAAGAUUUGAAGAAUCAGCCUGGAGAAAGGACGGAUAAGCUGCCCCCCGUUCACAAGCCCGUGGACGGGCGGAUUGUUCCGCUCGAGGUGAAAAAGGAGGUAGCCCUGGACCAGAACGAACGAAGAAGACUGCUAGGCCCCUGGAAGGACAAGGUGCACAUUUUCAAAGUUCGGAGUAAAACGCAAAAGGUGGGCGGACUGAUAGAGCCGGUGCGGUAUGUGGUGCUAGGCAGGGAGUACGACAUCAAGCACAAAAUGCGGCGGAUCAACGGCAAGUUCCCCCACGCUACGAUGCCGUUCUCCGGAUGCCGGUUCUGCGUCGUGUUCUUCACGCACCAAACCUUCACGCAGUGCUACAUGGGCGAGGGGAAAAAGGGGAGUGAGGAGAUGCUGAAGAGGCAAUUGGCCUGCAUGAAGAACUCCUUCGGCUUCUCCCUGCCGGGGGAGGUUGACUGCUGGCGCGCGAGCGCGCAGGCGUCCUGGGACAAGCAGAAUGCGCUAACAAAGAAAAGAGCUGCGUUCUGGGACAGCACGCUUGAAAGGAAGGAGAAGAAACUCCACAAGACCAUCAGCGACAGAAUGGACCACCUGAAGCGCCUCGGCGAGCGGAAAACGUGGGAAGAAGUAACAGACAUCGUCGCGGAAGAGGAGGAACACAAAAGGAUCAGGCUGCAAGCGUUCGGCAAAGUGCACGGUCACCUCUACCGGAAGCGAAAGAGGGCAGAGGACGUCGCCUUACUGGAUCGGGAUGCCGCGAAGGCCCUGGAAGCCGGUGCGGACCUGAAGGAAAUCAACAAAAAGAAAAAAACCAAGAAGAAUUUUACGAAGUCGAAGGAGUUCCAGCGAAGGGUACAAAAGCUGAUCGAAGAGGAGACGGCGAACUCCACAGUGCUCCGGGACUUGGCGGCGAAGAAGAAAGGUUUACUGGCUGGAGGGGGUGGAGCAGCAUCUACUUCAGGCGGCGGCAUCAACACAUCAAGCAAAGCGGUAGUGCACCACAAGCACGACACGACGAACGAAUUGAGAUCUUCGCAGCCUUCGCAGCAACAGGUAACUGCAUCCGCGGAUGCAGGGCGCGAACGAGGUCGCAGCGUUGCACCAAAGAAGCGCGGUCGACCGUCGAAAGCUGACGCAGAGGGCAGGGGUGAUGGCGAUUAUGCAAAAAGGGUUAAGGGAGAGGGUUCUUCGGGAAAGUAGGUUCAGUCUCUUCAUCAGCUCUUCUAAUUGAAUAUCGUCGAUCGCGAUGAAACUUUUCCACCAAAAGCCGAGGGCCACUUCUUGUUCUUUCGAAGAAAACAGACAAAUUCGUUGGAAAAAUAUGUUUAGAUUUAAAUACUUAUCUAACAAGUUGACCAGUAAGAGCAGGCGUUCCACCCUUUUUACAAUAAGAUUUAUGCCUCACGAAUGCGCGGCACCAAGAAGGCGACGAAUCAAUAGAACUACUAAAGCGACAAAAUAAAACCAGCGACAAUGAGCUUCUUUUGAGCUAAGGGCCUGAUGUCCCUUUUUAAUCUUGAACAUUCGAGAACCUCGCUAGACAAGAUGUGCAUUCCAGAAGAGGUCCCUCAUUUUGAUGCGUCUUGCUUCCGAUUUCGUUUUAUCUUUAUGCUUUUCAAUGGACUAGGGAAACGGAAGACCAAAACGAAAAUACGACUAAAAGUAUAUUGGAAACAGAGCUGCAAGAAACGAGACGCUUCGAAAGCAGGAGCCGGAUGACCAACAUCAUCUUUUCAAGCGCAGGAGGCAGAUGAAAUCUGUAGAAGUUUGGUCCGCGGACCUUAGUCGAAGCUGAUUAAAAGGUGC